AUGAAUCUCCGACUGAGCUUCCUCCUCUGCGUCGUGCCGACCCUCGUAUUAGCGGGCAACGAGCUAAGCAAGGCAGGCGUUCCCCUGCCAUCGGCAUUCUGCAUAGACGACGUGCUCAACACCUUCUACCUGGGCAAAUGCUACCUGGAGACGCAGACGUGCAACUACACCAUCCCGGGCGCGAUGCAGUCGCCUCCGACCACUGAGGAGCUGUAUGAAGCGAAGCGCUGCGGCUACCCCACGAAACAAUGGAACCUGGACUGGAGGUGCCGUACAGACGCGUCGGCCUGCGUCGCGUGGAAAUACUUCAGUGUGGCGGGUUGCGGCCGCCAGCCCAAACCAGAAAAGUCGGGCAUGUUCUCGUCAAGGAGCCUGAGAAUUAUCAAGAAAGGAUUCAGAGAAAUGGGACUUUUGUGA